AUGGUUUUAGCUAUGGCACGCACUAAGCAGACCGCGCGCAAGUCCACCGGCGGCAAAGCGCCGCGGAAGCAGCUGGCCACCAAAGCUGCUCGCAAGAGCGCCCCCGCCACCGGCGGCGUCAAGAAGCCUCAUCGCUACCGGCCCGGCACCGUGGCGCUGCGCGAGAUCCGCCGCUACCAGAAGUCCACCGAGCUGCUGAUCCGCAAGCUGCCGUUCCAGCGCCUGGUGCGAGAGAUCGCGCAGGACUUCAAGACCGACCUGCGCUUCCAGAGCUCGGCGGUCAUGGCGCUGCAGGAGGCCAGCGAGGCCUACCUGGUGGGGCUGUUCGAGGACACCAACCUGUGCGCCAUCCACGCCAAGCGCGUCACCAUCAUGCCCAAGGACAUCCAGCUGGCCCGCCGCAUCCGGGGAGAAAGGGCGUGA